AUGGCCAACGCACACAUCCCGCACCCCGAGCUGCCACAGCCGGCGCAUCUGGACCGCGACUCAGCCCUGGGCCGGAAAUUCGGGCGCGAGGUCACGAAUUACUUCGGCGGCUCACCACUAAACCGCCUUUCAUUCCUGCGCGAAGACUACACCUUCCUGGAGUCCGCCUUCUCACACGCCAGCACGCGCUUCAUCCUCUUCAAGACGCUGUCCCCGCUGAUCAAAUCGCCCACGGAGCUAUACUACGCCACCUACGCCGAGAUCCAAUCACUCGUCCCGCUCAACCCAUUCGGAAAGACGGAGAAGCAACAGGUCGAGGACUUCGAUUCGCGCAUAGAGACUCCGCAGGUCGUGUUUCUAGGCAUCGAUGAGAAGGUCACUGGCGGAGGGGACGACGGCAAAGCGUUCCAUUACAAGAAUUUCACGGGCGCGCCGCAUUUCGCCAUCGAUAUCACGCCGAAAAAGACGUUUGAAAAGGAGGCGCUGGAGCUGACGGAAAGGUUUAUGGGCGAUGGACUGAAAUUCAGUGAGGGGAUGCGCGCCAUGAGCUUUCCCGCUGAUGUUGCGGCCGAGUACGCCCAAGGAAGACACUAUCUGGACUGGAACUACCGCAACACAUUCUGCGGGACAUGCGGGCACAAGACCCUCUCUGUGCAUGCGGGUAGUAAACGGGUGUGCCCGCCGAAAGACCAAGCCGAAACGCCAGUUGAACGAGAGGCCUGCUCCACCCGCACCACUCUAUCUAACCUGACAUUCCCUCGAACCGACCCGACCAUCAUCGUCGCAGUCCUCAGCCACGACAGCAAGAGACUCCUCCUCGGGCGCCAGAAGCGGUGGCCUCCUUAUUGGUUCUCGACGCUGGCAGGAUUCAUCGAGCCAGCCGAGAGCGUUGAAGAUGCCGUGCGGCGGGAAGUCUGGGAGGAGAGUGGUGUCGUUCUGUCCCGGGUGCUCGUCCAUUCCACGCAGCCGUGGCCGUACCCAGCGAAUCUGAUGAUCGGCGCGAUCGCCCAAGCCGCUAGUCCCGAGGACGAAGUCAUUAAACUCGAAUAUGACCCGGAACUCGAGCUUGCGAAAUGGUUCACUUUGGAGGAGAUCCAGGAGGCCUUGAAAUAUGGAACCAGCGGGCUUGGAGAUCCGGCUCCGGCUGGGUACAAGGAGGGCAACCUAAGACUGCCUCCGCCAACUGCCAUUGCCAAUCAGCUGAUCACUGCCGUUGUGAAAGGCGGCUUUUUAGAGGGCGUCACACCCAUCACAGGCAAUGGUAAACUAUGA